CCCAUGAUCACAAUGCGUAAGAAAUAACAGAACCUCGCACCACCACUUAUUCAAGCGACAGCCAGUGAUAUUUUACUGUAGGCUACAUUCCUUCAGCCUGAGUCCACACUGUGUUUUCACUCUCUGUCGCUGAUGUUGACGCGAAAGUUUCGAGUAUCUAUUCACCCAAAGUUUGUGGGGAGUUGAGUGCGUGCGUUUGUUAAGUACCGUUAUAACCGUUGAACAACGGAAAGACGACAGCAGGCGACUCGCGUGUUUACGUCGCGGUGUUCUAGAACGCCAGGCUACGUUCUGUCUCAAAGCCAGUAAGAGCUGAGUUUCUGCGUUCGGAGUCGAUAUCGGAAUAUUUCGGAAAACGACAAAAGUGAGGUACAAAAUGUGAGUGCAGUAGUGGAAACCACGGUCAAAAGUUGUUUCUCACCGCAGGACAAAUGGCUCAACCACAGGAGGAGCUGGAGCAGAUCGCCACAUGGUUUAGUGAGGAGGGACUUGCUCCUGACUCCCCUAAGGAGGCGCAGUUGUGUUUGCUAUGGCGUGGCCUCCAGCGCACAAGAAGCCGUCUGAGCAGUGUGACAUGGGACCUGGACACGCAGAGCUCACAACACUUAGCAGAGAUGGCAGAGGUACGCAAGUCCUUGGAGCAGAUCCGAAUCUUUACACAACACAAAGAUGUUUUGGCUCAGGAGAUACAAGACGAAAACGAUCAGCUCAAGGACCAGCUGCGACGCCUGAUAUCCCUUCAGGAUUCCCAGAUAAGCGAGGUGGCUAAAAUGCUGUACCAGCAGGGUCUCACAGAGUUGAUUCACAGCAGCCCCAGUGAGCAGGUGGCUUACCUCCUGGUGGAGAGAGCCUCCUUACUUGGGACCAGUGUGGUUCCUGAUACUCUGACGGGUGAUGGAAACACAGCCAGCCCGCUGGGGACCGAAGCACAUGCGCCGAACACCAAUCCACACCAGUCUUGCCACAAGGAGGCACCGCAUCAUGGCCAGAGCUCAUGGAAGAGACUCUUUGGACUCCACAAAGCUGCACAGAGCAAACAUACUUUUAUUCCUGCUGAGGCCAGGCAUUUGGCUGGCCAGGCAAACAGUGUGGAGAGGGAAUGUUCAAGACUGGAGCGGGACCUGGAGGAGGGUUCCCGCCGGCUGGCUAUGGCUCACAAUGAGAUCCGGCGUUUGACUGAUGAGCUGGAAUCUGCUCAUUUAACCCAAAGAGCCUAUGAGCCUGAGCUGGAGGCAGCACAGCAGGAGGUAGAGCAACUCAGACAGGAAGUAGAAAAACUGAAGAAAUAUGAAAUGGUGGAACUGCGAAAGGCCAAAGAGCUGAACGAUCGUCUGGACCUUGAGAUCAGAGCCUUGAGGAGCAGGGUACGUUCCCUGGAUGCUGAGAAAAGCUCUCUGCAGCAGAUGAGGGAGGUGGAGCAGCAGGAGUCAGUCCUGCAGGAGCAGCAGCUCCAGACUGUGCAGGUUCAGGCCAACCAGGCCAAUGAAUUCUCUAAAUCGCAAGCAGCAGAGCUGGCACAGAGCAACCAGACCUGCAGAACUUUACAGGAGGAACUCACUGCUCUGACAAGAUGCCUUAUGGAAAAGGAGGAGACUGUUGGAUCUCUGGAGAGGAAGGUGGCGCGGCUGGAGUCAGCCCUGCAGGAGCUGCAGCAGCAGCGGGCUGAGCAGCAGCGGGCUGAGCAGCAGCGGGCUGAGCAGCACCUCCUGACCUUGCAGGUUCAGGCCAACCAAGCUAAUGAGUUAGCUAAAGAAAGUCUCACUUCCCAGGCAACUGAACUGAUUCAGAGCAAUGAGGUCUGCAGAGAUUUACAAAAUAAACUGAGCGCUCAGUCGACAUGCCUUUUGGAGAAGGAGUCAGAAAUACAUUCCCUUAAGCAGCAGCUGGAUAAUUCUCAUAAUGAUCUGGAUAACCUUAUUGCUACCAUCCGCAUCAAAGAAAACAAUCUUCAGGAUCAAAUGCCGUGGAAGCAACAAGAGGCAGAUUCACAACAUUGUGAAAGCACUCACUGUCAGCAGAAAGACACUAUUGCAACAAAGUAUAAAAAGCUACAGACACAACUACAGCUGCUGCAGAAUAAGGAAAACACACUGCAAACUGUUGCCACCCAUGUGGAGUGUCCUGAUUAUCAAGAAGCAGUGAAGACUCUGUUGGCCACCCAAGACGAGCUCAAGACACUUAAGAAGGAGAUCUGUGAAUCCCUUAAAUGCCUCGACAAAGAGCGGAGUAAAUACCAUGAGAUGAAGGAAAAACACAAGGCAAAACUGUGUCGAGCCAAACAGAAAUGUGAUGUUGAAACAACAUGGCGUGAUGAGAAGAUAAAAAAUCUACAGCGAGAAUUGUCCUUGUUCUCCCAUUCAUUAGCUAAGGAAAAAGAGCUUACCAUAAGUAUAACUGUAGAAAAUGACAAACUACUUGUCCAGAGGAGAAGACUACUACAACAGCUAAAUGAGGAGGAGCACAACAAGAAAGACAGUACUCUAACAGCUUCAUUGUCCAAAUGCAGGGUGGAUUUUCUAGAGAUGGAAAACAAGAAACUAGGAAACAAAAUACUCCACAUGUCCAAUCAGCUAGCUGUCCUGGAACGCAGCCUGCAAAACAUGCAGUCACUUCACUUUGCUGACGUACCGGGCACAGAACUGAAGAAAAUAUGUAAUCCUACACAGGUUUUUACAUCUUUCCCUGUGCAAACUUCAAGUGCGAUGAUGACUGAGCCGUGUGAAAUUCAGGGCUUAUUGUACAAUGCUCAGAGCAAGCAGCCAGACGUGACUUCUUCCCCUCACUGUUUCAUCUCUGGGCCCCUGUCUCGAUCAGCAGAGAUGGGCUACCUGAAUCUGACCUCCACUCAGAGCCACUCCGACCACUUGGCUUCCCGGCCACCUUCAGCAGCUCAGACAAUACGUGUUGUUGAGAUUUUCUGUCUAUCUGCAACAUGAAUAUACUGUACAGAAACUAUUUAAGUAAAUUAAAUUAAUAAACAAAAUAACUGAAUAAUUUCCAUUUCUGUGGCUUUCUCUUCCCUUUCGAUUAAAUUUUCAAGUUCAUAUCGAGCACAACAAAAAUCUGGACCUUCCCAGAAGAGUUUCUUCUCACUCAUAAAAUAUUUGGAAUAUGUCUAUUGAAAAUAAAUAGUAGUUAUGAGAAAAAUGCAGUUACAAUAUUUGUUGCUUACUCCACUUAACCAUGAUUUCUCAAUACACUAAAAGUAAGGCAUUGUUGUGUCUAUGACUAUGACAUGCAACAAUUUCCUAAUUUACUUGAUUAACCUGACCUGAUUAAUUAAACUGAUUGUUGUGUCAUGUCAACAACAAAAGUCAUGUUGGGCUCAUUUCCUGGUUUCAACCACUGCCAGCCGGUAACCUGUUUUCCUUUAUCUGGACCUGUAUCUGCCUACCUGCUUGUUACCUGUCUGAACCUGUUGUCUGCCCGUAAGCUACAUCACCCAAUAAAUACCAUAGUCAUCCGGCUACCUCAUCCUCA